AUGUGCCGCGCGUAUUUAUUGUUCUGUCUCCUUGGCUUUGCCCUCUGCCUGGCCGAAGCUCAGUCCAAGGACGAUGAGUGCGUCCAGCAGCCGACGCUCUAUUGUCGUGGGGCCCGAGCUUUGCGCAUUAUGCUGCGCAACUUGAAUAAAAGUGAUAAGCCGCUGGUGAUAAUGCGGGGUCUGGAAAUUGUGCCGCUUCACAACGAGACGGAAACGGAAGCAAUGCUUAAGCAUGCAGCGGAUACGCAGCCCACAUUGUUGGACAGCGUGGCCUUCUAUUUGCGCACACACGAAAUUAACCUAAAGCUGGCUGAUUUGCUGGACGAACCCACUACAAGCCUGGAGCGUAACAGUAUCGAUGAGGGGCGCAAAAAGGAUAAAGGCCAGGGUGUACUUCUGGCCGUGGCACUAAUGUUUGGCAAAAUGAUGGCCGUAAUGGGGCUGGGUGGCAUCGGAGCACUUGCCCUUAAGGCGCUAGGUGUAGCUAUGAUGGCGCUAAUGAUGGCUGGCAUCCUGGGCUUGAAAACGGCGGCACAACACGGUCACGAAACCAGCCAUACUGUGUCCUAUCUCACAGGCGAAGGCCAUCACCACAGGCGUCGACGACGACGACGCAGCGCGGGCACCACUCAGGUGGUGAUUACCGAGGGGCAGCGACCACUGGCAGCUACUCUGCCCUACAGCGCUUGGCUGCAGCACUGA